AUGGCUACUCCGGCGUUUGUCGCUGCUGGUAGCUUGCCAACUGCGGGAGUUGGGGGUGCCCUCUACGACGAGGCCUUCACUGUCCCAACCUAUCCUGCUGCUCCCUUUAACAAGGUGACCUGGCGCCUGAUUGACACCUGGAACAACAUCAACAUCAACUAUGACACCAACCGUGGAAUCGCAGCCGGCUUGGUCUGGGCCACUUUGGUCUACCUGCUCGCCCUCACCCCGACGCGCAAGAGAACCACCCCCUUCCACACCUUCAUGCUCAUCGGUUUGGUCUUCAUGCUUAUCAAGUUGAUGAUUGAUAUCGUCGCGGCUCUCACUCCUGGUCUCCAGUCUUCCUCCGCCUACACCUUCCUCACCCUCGACUUUACUGACAGCAUCUGGACAACUGACUUCACUGCCACGUUCGCCGCUAGCCAAGUCACAGGAUGGUUUGCCUUCGUCUUUGCUGCCAUUUGUCUCUGGCUCCAGGCCAAGGGGUUGAUGACCGGAAUCAAAGUGCGCUACCCAGUCGUCUACAAAGUAAUGUUGAUCUACCUCAUCCUCACCUCCGUGGCUGGCCUCGCCGCUGCCAUGGCAUACAGCAUCCAGCAGAUCUUGCAGCUUGGCAAGGAUGGGGCUGAAAUCUACGAUUUCCUCAACAAAGCUUACAAUGCCCGCAUCGCUUACUUGGCCGCUUAUACCAUUUGCAUUGGAAGCUUCAGCCUUGUCUCCAUGGCCUCAGUGUUUGAUAUCGUCUGGAAGCGUCCUUCUUCGAUCGUCACCGGAAGCAGCGCUUACGCUUCAGCAUUGAAUCUCAUCGGCUUGUUGUGUGUCCAGUCUUUCGUCAUUCCAUUCAUUUUCUGCAUCCUGCAGAUCGUCCCCGUGCAGACUGGCAUGCUGCACCCGGAGAUCAUGCUCCUCCCGUCAGUUUACGUGAUGCUUCCCCUCGGCUCACUCUUCAUGACCGUCAAUUCCACCGUCGACGACGCCGAGGCACAGAAGGCUUCACCACUGCCCCCGAACUCCAUGCCGCCAAAGCCUGCCUUUGCCGACAGCGCUGCGACCUUGACCAACAGCUGUACCUCUGCUGGUUCGCGACCCUCUUCCUAUAUGCUUGAUGCCGCGCAUGGCAAAACGGAGAUCGAUCGUGAGCUCAGCGCAAUUGAUUCCAUGGGCAGUGGCGUAAAUGAAGGGAAAGAGACCGAUGCAAUGUUGAGGAACAAAGGCAACGAAGGAAAGGAGGCAAUUCACUUCGAGAAGAUGGUGGUUUGA